UGUCCUUUUUCCCAGGUGGACUUCAGCCACCACGCUUCCUUUCUCAGAAGUCACCGCCGCCACUUGACACCGCAGCUUCUUCCUUUCUCCAAUCCGAGGCAAGCAAGCAUUCUUCGUCCAUUACUGGCCUCACCCCGCAUCCAGCUGGUGCUUCUGUAGUGUCUGAGCAAGAGCCGAGAGGCGGCUGGCGGCCAUGGCGGCGGCGAAGCCCAUCCUGUACAGCGCGUGGAUCAGCUCCUGCUCCUUCCGGGUCCGGAUCGCCCUCAACCUCAAAGGUGUGGAUUAUGAGUACAGGGCUGUGACACGGACUGAUCCAGAUUAUGAAAAUAUCAAUCCAAUCAAGUAUGUCCCAGCAUUUGUAGAUGGGGAUUUUGUUGUUUCUGACUCCCUCGCAAUCAUAUUGUAUCUUGAAGACAAGUAUCCUCAACACCCUCUUCUGCCUCAAGAUCUCAAAAAGAAAGCUCUUAAUCUGCAGAUUGCAAAUAUAGUGUGUUCAAGCAUUCAACCUCUUCAAUGUUAUGCUGUAGUUGGCCUGGUUGACGGCAAGUUAAGCUCCAACGAGAGCGUUCAGAUAGUUCGGCAUUACAUUGACAAGGGAUUUAGAGCAAUCGAGAAACUUCUGGAAGGUUGUGACAGUAAAUAUGCUACUGGAGAUGAAAUCCAAUUGGCGGAUGUGUUUCUUGUGCCACAGAUCCAUGCAGGCGUGACACGUUUCCAAAUUGAUAUGUCUCACUAUCCUCUUCUGGAGAGAUUGUACAAAGCCUACAUGGAAAUUCCUGCAGUUCAAGUUGCUGUUCCUGAAAAGCAGCCAGAUGCACCAUCAUCCUAGAUAUGAAAACUUCCGCCAAGACGAGUACUGUAAUGUGGGAAAUAACAGAGUUGCUGGUUCUCCCGGUAACCAUGGAUUAUACAAGAGCGGCCUCCUGCUCUUGUGCAGCACGAAUAAAAGAAUAAGUGUUCACAAUACAAAAUUUAGCCUCUCAUCAGUGAGAAUAAUGAUCAUGUCGCAGUUGAGUUUUUGCAUGUACGGAACAUGUGUCUUGACUUGGAGAAUGUAUAACAUGACCAUCUGCAUAUACAUGAAGUGUGUUGUGUAUAAGCAAGCCUUGACCUGGAGAAAAA